GUCCCGACGCAUUGUUGAGGCACAGUCCGCAAACAGUCCUAGAGUCCUACGCUCCUAGGAGGUUUCAGCACUCAAAAGAAAGCGACUAGCUCCAAGCGACAGACGUUCGACGUCAUUUCCGCCCGCAAAAACAGCGAAAGAAAAAAAAACAACCAACGCACCAAGUGUCCGGGGAAGUGUCCAACCGGAAGCAAUCAAAGACAAACAGUGUGUGUGUGUGCCACAGUGUGUGUUUGCGUGUGUGCAGUGUAUUGUUAGAGUGAUCUUUGUGAGGCGUCAAUCACAAUGAAGGCUUUCGUUCUGGGAUCUGCCGUGCUGCUGCUGGCUUCGGCCGCGGCUUCCGGCUCGUACCUUGGCGUGGCGCUCUCGUCCCAGUACCAGGCGCACGACGGUAUCGGCGGCUACUCGUACGGCUACGCCGAGCCGAACUCGCAGAAGCACGAAACGAAGGAUGCGCACGGCAUCACGCACGGCGGCUACUCGUACGUCGACGCGAACGGCCACGUGCAGAGCGUGAAGUACACGGCGGACCCGAUCCACGGAUUCCAGGUGUCGGGCACGAACCUGCCGAAGGGCCCGGCCCCGCAUGCCGUCCCGGUGCCGGCCUGGAACGCGUACGCCUACGCCCCGGUGGUGCUCGGCCACAACGGUGCCCCGCUCGAGACGCCCGAGGUGCAGGCCGCCAAGGCAGCGCACUUCGCGGCCCAUGCCGCCGCCAAGGCCCGCCUGCACAAGCGCUCGCUGUACGCCCCGUGGACGUACGCGGCCGCCGCCCCGGUCGUCCUCGGCCACAACGGAGUCCCGCUCGACACGCCCGAGGUGGCGCACGCCAAGGCGGAGCACGCGGCCGCCCACGCUAAGGCCCUCGGACACGCGUACGCCCCGGCCGGUCCCGUCCCGGACACGCCCGAGGUGCAGCACGCCAAGGCCGCCCAUCUGGCCGCGCAUGCCGCCGCCCGCGCCAACCACCAUGCCGUCGCGCCGGUGACCACCGUCGCCCACACGCACCACGCCGUCCAUGCCGCGCACUACCCGCAGCACGUCCCGGUCAUCAAGAACGGCGUGCCGGUCGAGACGCCGGAGGUGCAGCACGCCAAGGCGGCCCACUUCGCCGCCGUCGCCAAGGCCCAGGGAUACGCGCCGGCCCACGCCCACUCCUACUACCCGCAGCACAUCCCGGUCAUCCACAACGGCGUGCCGGUCGAGACGCCCGAGGUGCAGCACGCCAAGGCGGCGCACUACGCCGCCCUCGCUGAGGCCAGUGCCCGCGCCGGCCACGGUGCCUCCUGGGCUCCGGCCGGCCACGAGGACGACGGUAGCUACGAUGGCCGAUGGGACAACCAUUACUAAACCAGCCAACACGCUUCGACCAACUCUGUCUCACUCUGUCUCUGUUUCUCUCAAACACAAACACACACACAUAUAUAAGCUAACCUACCAAUACUCGAACCAAAUACUCGAAUGCUCCUGAAUCGAACUCCGUUGCGACUGCACGGCUCGCCGUGCUGUGACGUCACUCGAAACGCUUCCCCCCCCCCGCCUUAUCUUCCAGUAUUACUCAACCGCCCCCCCCACCUCUGCCUGCCUUCCCGCUAAACACUGCAUCGCUGCGGUUUGCUUUUUAUCGCUUCUGGCCAAACCGGAACACCAACCGCUCGCUCCCUCCCCGCGAAGGGUUUUCUGAGCGCAAAUUUCGGUAGGUCGCCUGCCGCAGGACCACGCCAAGAUCUGUUUCGGCGAUCCAUCCGACCAACCAGCUAGUUACCAUUUUGAGUGCAUCCACCAUCCACCGUGCGCGCCGAUUCGCGCUGCAACCCAAGGGAUUGUCCCACCUUCCAGGGCACGGAGUUUUCCACGCCUUGCGCCAACGGAAUAGCCGUACUGCCUGCAGGAAGGUGCCAACGGAGAGGAAAUUGGAUGGAUCGCCGCCGAACCACUGCCCCACCCACACCCACGGCUGCAGCAACAGCAACAGCUGCCUCGACAACAGCGGGCCCCGUUCCGGCUCCUUUUUACUGUACCAAUCACGCAGGAAAAUAAAAGGACUCCUACUCGCGCUCAAAACCCCCCCAAAGCCCGGAGCCCGGCGGGUGAAGCUGCAGCCGUUUGGGUCGAGGCCGCAUUCCAACGCCCAAGCGGGAUGGGCCGUCGCUGCAGAACCUGCCCGAAAACGUAACACCCAAGCACCGUCGAGCAAACAUGGGAGGAGGGUCGAUGUUAUCGACAUGGCACAAAUGUAAACAAACACGCAACAACAACAACAAAAAAAAGCAAGCAAGCAUGCGCCUAUGUUCAUGCACUUGUGAACAGGGCAACAGGGGGAGGGAAGGGCAAGGAGGGGUGAGCCCGUGAGCCGGGUGCAUGUAAAAUAAUGUCUUCACCAACUCCGGCCCGGCUUACACUCCCCCUCCCCUUCCAUCAUGCGCCCCAUUUGCCCGCAAUUUCUCCCCUCCCCCCCCCCCUCCCCCCUCUACGUGAAAUGCGUUACGAACUUGACCAAGAAAAAAAAGCAAAAAAAAAAACAUCAAGCGACGAACCGAUUUGCUAUAAUAAAUGAAAUCAAAUGAAGUAA